AUGUCCGCUGAGAAGAAGCCCCACACCCUCAAGCAGGUGCAGACCUUCGGCAAGAAGAAGACGGCUAUUGCCGUUGCCACCGUGACGAAGGCCGCGCAGUGCAACAUCCGUGUGAACGGUGUUCCUGUCUCGCAGAUUCUCCCGGAGACGCUCCGUGCGAAAAUUAUGGAGGCCGUCAACGUUGUUGGCUCCCGCCACUUCGCUCGCCUGCGCAUUGACGUGACGGUUCGUGGUGCUGGCCAGGUCGCCCAGGCCUAUGCCACGCGCCAGGCCAUCGCCAAGGGCCUUAUUGCGUACUACCAGAAAUACCGCAACGAGGUGGAGAAGGCCGCGCUGAAGGACAAGUACCUCGCGUACGACGAGUUCCUCCUGAUUGCGGACCCUCGCCGCUGCGAGCCCAAGAAGUGGGGCCGUCACUCUGCUCGUACCCGCUUCACGAAGUCCUACCGAUGA